CAGGGACGAACUCAGUCGAGUAAAAGCUGUCUUGUAAUAAAAAGUUAUUAUUUAGUAGGCAAGUGAUCGUUGAGACUGCUUGUACCGAUCAACUAUCUAAGCAAUUUUAUAUACUACAUUUUAGUUUCUUGCAAAAUCGUGCAAUUAACAUUGCGUGGUUAUUUUAUACGAAUUAAAAAUGGGUAUGGGAAGCGAGUCUGAUUAUAAAUGUGGUCUUAGUGAGGAUGUGCAGACAGUCGCAUUUGAAGAACUACGUGAAAAUGAGAACAUUAGAGAACAAGCAUUGGAACAAUUAAAAGCUUGGAUAUUGAAACAUCCUACAAUAAAACGUUGCCGCACUGACCCUGUAUUUUUGUUACGUUUUUUGAGAACUAAAAAGUUUAGUGUUCCCAUGGCACAAGAAAUGUUGGAACGUUACUUAACUAUCAGACAAUUGUAUCCCGACUGGUUUCAAAAUUUGGAUAUAAAUGAUCCUGAUAUCGAAGCUAUUAUUGACAGCGGAUAUCUUGUUCCAUUGUUAGAAAAAGAUGAGCAUGGAAGACAAGUUAUUUUGUCUUGUGCCGGUCGUUUCGAUCCAUAUAAAUAUACGUCUGCACAAAUGGCCCGAGCCCAUAGUCUAGUUGUUGAGUCUCUACUAGAUGAUGAGGAGAAUCAAGUACGUGGUUACACUCAUGUGAAUGAUGAGUCUGGGCUGACCAUGGGCCACGUGAGCGCCUGGUCAUUAACGGACAUACGAAACAUGCUCAGAUGCAUACAAAACAGCACACCGAUGCGACAUAAGGAAACGCAUUUUAUAAAUAUACCUAAUUGUGCAACCAAAGUUCUGGAAUUCGCUCUGUCACUCUUGAGUGAUAAGUUGAGAGCGAGAAUUAUGGUUCACAAGAGUCUAGAUGAUUUAAAAGAAGCGGUAAAUCCUAAAAUAUUACCUAAAGAAUACGGUGGUAUUGUACCACUUGCUGAUAUGAUAGCUGCUUUCAAGGAUAAGUUGCGUAAAAAACGUACCGAGCUGAAGGCCCUUGAUGAUAUGUAUAUUGAGAUAUCGCCAAAAGACUCGUGUUCUUCUUCUUCGGAAGGUCUCUGUGGUAUUUCCGGUUCUUUUCGUAAACUCGAAGUUGAUUAAAAUAUUUAAUUAAUUCACUAAUAUAUUAAAAUUAUUAUUAUUAUUAUUAUUACUAUUCAUUUAUAGAACAAGUUAUAAAGUUCAUUGAUAAGUUUUUUAAUUAAAGGAUUGUUGUGUUUUCUUCUUUAAUUAUUAUUAUUUUUUAAUCUUUUAAUUUUGUAAUGAUCAUAUAUAUAAAUAUAUUUGUAAUUUAUAAUUAAUAACAUUUUGAACAAAAGUUACAAACUGUUGCGUUGGUGGUGUCAGUUACCAAAAUGACGAUAAUAAAUAAAUCAAAUCAUGAUGAUUUUUUUAUUUUUAAUUAUUAAAUAAAUAAUGUAAUUAAAUAUGUAAUCAACGUAAUUUUAUAAUUUUUUAAUAGUUUUAAUUUUUUAAAUUUAAAAUAUUUUUUUUCCCGCCAAGAAAAUUUCAAAUUUUCUAAAUAAUAGGAAAGUUAUUUUUUUAUUAUUAUUAUUUUUUUUUUUAAUAAAUAAUCUUCAUAUAUAUUUACAUAUAUAUAUUUUGUAAUAAUGUGAUAAUUAUAAAUAAUUAUAUGAUACAAUUUAUUAUUUUUUUUCUUAUAAAUUCUUAUCGACUAUCGCAGUAAAAAUAUUUUUGAUUGAUAAUUGUGUUGUAAUUUAAUUCUUUAUUUUAAAAAUA